AUGGCCUUGGUCUGGGUGGCUGUCGGUGCCAUCACUGUGGAAACCCCGCAGGAUGUUCUUCAGGCUGCCCGGGGAAAGAGUGUCACCCUUCCGUGCACCUACCACACUUCAGUCACUGAUCGGAGUGGAUUUAUCCAAUGGGAUAAGCUUCUCAGGACUCAUUCGGAAAGGGUGGUCACCUGGAAUUUUGUGACCAAAGAGUACAUCUAUGGUAGCCUUUAUGAGAACCGUGUCAACGUUUCGGCCAAUGCUGAGCAGUCAGAUGCCUCCAUCACCAUUAGUCAGCUGACCAUGGAUGACAACGGCACCUAUGAGUGUACUGUCUCACUGCUGGCAGACCUGGUUGGCACCUUAAAGUCACGUGCCCGCCUCUUGGUCCUCGUGUCACCUUCCAAGCCAGACUGCGCCAUCCAGGGAGAAACUGUAAUUGGGAAUGAUAUCCAGCUGACCUGCGAAUCAAAGGAGGGCUCCCCAGCCCCUCAGUACAGCUGGAAGAGCUACGAUGUCCUGAACCAGGAGCGGCCACUGCCCCAACCAGUCUCAGGCCAGCCCCUCUCCCUUAAGAACAUCUCCACAGACACAUCGGGCUACUACAUCUGCAUCUCUAGCAACAAGGUGGGGAUGGAAUCCUGCAACAUCACAGUGGCCGUCAGAAUGCCCUCCAUGAACAUGGCACUGUAUGCGGGCAUCGCGGCGGGCGUGGCUCUGGCCCUCAUCAUCAUCGGCAUCAUCAUCUACUGCUGCUGCUGCCGGGGGAGUGAUGACAAGGCUGAGGAUAGGGAGGACGCAAGGCCGAAUCGGGCAGCCUACCAGGAGCCACCAGAACAGCUGAGAGAGCUUUCCAGAGGAAGGGAAGAGGACAGCUACAGGCAUGAAGACCAGAGGAGCCAUGGGGACAGCUCCAGGCAUGAAGAUGAGAAGGGCUAUGGGGACAGCUAUAGACAUGAAGAUGAGAAGGGCUACGGGGACAGCUAUAGGCAUGAAGACGAGAGGGGCUAUGGGGACAGCUACAGGCAUGAAGACCAGAGGAGCUAUGGGCGCGAAUCCCCUGUCCCCCAUGACCGGUGA